AUGGCAACGGGGACAGUGGAGUGGGUACCCGAUGACCAGGUCAGCGAAUGCCCACUCUGCACGCGACGCUUUAGCACGACCAAGCGGAAGCACCACUGUCGCGCAUGCGGCCGCGUGGUCUGUGGCAGCUGCAGCAGCAAUCAGAUCUAUUUGCCGAGUCAUCGUAAAGAGGAGCGGGUGUGCGAUCGAUGCUUCGAUCUACUGCAGCACGACAAGGGAGUGCCGAUGAAUGAAUCGUUUCUUGAGAACAAGCAGCUGGAGACCUCGCUGAAGAGUGACCUCCGCGAGAAGCAACUACAAGAAGAGUGGUUCCGAGGCUUUCUCCUCAAGGUGCGGGGCGAUGCCGGGGAUGCCAGCGGCUCUGAGCAGGGACCAUCUUCUGAGGCAGAGCAGAGGGCGCUCCUCGCCGGCGCCCGAAAUCGCUGGACGCAGGCGUGUGCGAGAGCCGGCAAGCAGAAGGCUGAGACGGAGGCGCUGCAGACUCGCGUGGAGGCGCUAGAUCGCGAGUGUGCCGAGAAGCAGGAGGCCAUCGCGAAGCUCACCCGCAGCAUCAAGACUAUGGAGUCGACGCUGGCGCUUGCCAAUUGGGUGUCUAUGAGCACAUCCCUUUCAGCUUCGCGCUGGAUCCGGCAAGCUUCCAAGAAGAAGGCUCUUUCAAUCUCUCCAAUGAGCGGCGUGAUUGGGCCGGACUCGUCCGUCACCCUCUCGGUGAACUUCAAGCCGCUGGAGGAGCGGCCCUUCAACUUCAACGUAGCUUGCAACAUCAAGCGCAAGAAGGAGCCAGUAAUUCUCAACGUCAAGGGCCUCGGCUACAAGAUCCAUGCCUCGCUGGCCAUCGAGGAGCCAGCGGGUCGACGCCUUAUCAACUCGGGUCUCAUGGAGACGCUGGACAUGGGAAUGCUCCAGGUGCACGAGCGGCGCGUGGUCACGCUGUACCUCAGGAACGACAGCAAGAGGAACUUCAACUACCGCGUGCAGAUGCUCGUGGGCGCGAACCGGAAGCCGAAGCUCAUCGGCAACGUCGAGAAGCCGCCGUACAUCGCGCUGUCGAAUCCACAAGGUGUCGCACAGCACCACGAGGAGACUCCCAUCGAGCUCACCUAUGCUCCUCGGGAUGCCCACAUGCUGGAUGGAAGUAUCCUCCAGAUUGCCAUCCCGGCCGGACCGGUGGAGGAGACUUUCUCCAUUGCCCUCACCGGUGGAGCCAAGCGCUCACGCGUCGAGUUCUCGUUCCUCAGCCACGACUUCGGUCCAUGCUUCAUUGCGCGAGGAGGUGCAACUAUGGCCGGAGAGCCUUUCGCGCCUUCGGAGGACCUGAGGUACGAGCGAAUGGAACUGGUUGCCACAAAUCGCGACGACAGCGAUUGCUUGAUCUCCACGACGUUCACGAGGGAGCCAUGGCUGGAUGUUCAGCUGAACGCCGCCAUGAUCGAAGCCGGUGGAACCUUGCGUAUCCCCAUCGUCUUCUCUCCAAGAGAGGUCUGCGAGUACAUGCAGCGCAUUGAGUUUGUCGUCAACGACUACACCCGAAUGCACGUGGACAUUCGUGGCCGUGGCUGUCCGCUGAAGUUGGAGCUCACCGACACUGAUAUGCAGAACAUCGACUUCGGUGUGACGAAAGGCAACGAGCCCGUCGCCCGGCAAGUGCGCCUCGUGAACCGGUCCCCUCGGCCGGUGACCUUCGAGCUGAGCGACGAGAAGGGAGAGCUGGCGCAGCAUGCAGUUAGCUGGACGCCAGCACACCCCGUGACCUUGCGGCCGCGGCAGACAGCUGAUGUUGAGCUCCGGUUCAAUCCCACGUACCGCAUCGCACCCUUUCGGCUGCCUUUGCUGGCCAAGUGCGAGCAUGGCGUCGAGGUCCGACUGCUCCACAUGUCUGGCACAUGCCACGCUAUCGAGAUGCGUCUCAGCGAGCAUUCCGUCUUCUUCGGCGAUGUCGUGGUCGGCUCGCAGGCGACAAAGCCGGUUCGGCUUCACAACUUUGGCGACUUGGGAGCAAAGUUCCGCUUCGAGAUCGGCGCCAAGUAUUCCAAGAUCUUCUCCAUCACGCCAUCGGAGGGCUUUGUACGUCCCCAGGAAGACAUUCCGCUCACCGUGGCCUUUCAUCCGACGCAUGAUCGGAUUCAGGAAUUCAAGCGAGGAGAUAAGACGAGGCGUGGGAAGUCGGACAGCAAGGAUCUUGGCAUCACGGCGCGGGACAUCCGCUGCAUCCUGGAAGGCCACGCGCCUUUGACCCUGGAGGCCAGUGGCAAAUGCGUGUCCCAGCCCGGCGAGACUAAGCUCCUAGAGUUCACCGCUCAAGUCCGCACGAAGACGCAGAACAGCUUCAUCGUCUCGAACCCGACCGAGACGGACUGGAAGUUGUACCCUCAGGUGGUCACGCAAGAGCCGGCUGGCACCAGCUACUUCAGCUGCGAGAAGGAGAUCGUCGUGCCGGCCAAGAAGGAUGCUAGCGUGCAGGUGUACUACAUGCCCUUGACCAUGACGUCAGCUGCAGACACAAGCCCAAUGAGCGGCAAGCAGCGUGCAGAGAAGCACAAGGGCAGCAUCUUCGUCGGGACACCCGACGGCAAUGCCGUGUGCUAUGAGCUCGAGGGCGAAGCCAACGCUCCCGAGGUUGGGUCGCGCAUCGAGGCACGUGUGCCCUGCAAGAAGAAGCACACUCAGGCGGUGCCCGUGAAAAACUGGCUCCACGAGAGGCAGCGGUUCAAUGUCACCACAGAACUCCUCGAGCCGGCUCCCGACACCCCACAGGGACAGGGCAUCAGCCUCCAGGGCGUUGGUACCUUGGACCUGCCUCCAGGCUUGGAGCGAGAGUACCGCUUCAGUGUCUAUGCGUAUCAUGAAGGCACUGCCUUGGUGCGCAUCAACCUACGGAGCCAGGACACAGGUGAGUUCAUGAAUAUCGAAGUGAAGCUCGAGUUCUAUGCCGCCGAGUCCCUGGCGACCAUCAAACUCGAGGCAGCUUGCCGACAAGUCGUCCGGCACAAGAUCGCGGUUGCAAACCCACUGAUGCAGCCUGCCAGGUUCACAGGCACUGCGUCCGAACAUUUCUUCCGCUUCCAUCCAGAGACGCUCGAGGUGCCGCCGCGGAGCGAAAAGACGAUGGAGUUGAUCUUCAGGCCGCUUGAGGAAGGCGACGGUGAAGCAGAGGUUAUGCUGAAGAGUGAGCAGCUGGGAACCUACCCCUACACUGUGAACUGGCGAUCGACCCCAGCAGGACUGGAGCGUGCCCUGGUUCUCAAAGCUCCGUUGGGAGGCUCUGUCGUCGAGAGCUUCAAGUUCCUUCACUACGCGAAGGGAGCUGUCAAGUACAGUGCCAAAGUCGAGGCAGCACCAGGGCAGAAGGGGCCGUCGAUGGACUUCUGCCUGGAAUCUGCUGAGGUCACCGCUCCGGCCGUGACGAGCGAAGCCCAGCCGGUGGAACUCGGAGUCCGUUUCCAGCCCUCGAUGCUUGGGGAGUGCCGUGCGAUGCUGGUCAUCACUGGAGCUGGGGGCGGGGAGUACAAAGCUUUACUCACCGGCUUCGCGCAGCCGCCGCAGCCGCAG